GGAAGAGAGGUUGUACUAAAUAAGCUUACCAUAUAGCAAUACUGUAUAUCCGGUUGUAAGAAAUGCUAUGUAUAUGCAGUGAUUAAAGGAUUUAAAGCAUGAUUGAAGCAAUAUAUAUAUAGAUCAAGUAUAAAUUAUCAAGUAUAGUACUUAAAUACAAACUACAAAGUAUAUGCGAAAGUAGAUUGAUUUCUUUAAGCUACAUCAAACGUACGCUAAAAGAUAUCGGUACAAGUAAAAAGCAUAGCGAAUGUAUAUAGAGAGUACUGUUCAGGGCGAGAUUGGAGAAGCGCAGCGCUGCGAAUCUCCUGGUCGAGACUGUAAGCACCCAAUUGGAAACCACGACGCAACAUUUAUUCUUAUCUAUGCAAAAGACGGAGCACUAUCCGGUGUUUAGCGACGUUCAAUUAAGAUACUCGCCGAAGAAAUUGCGGACUCGAGUCCACAAACUCUGGUUCCUCGUUUCCCUGUGAUGAUCGAAGCCAUGAUAAUGGCGGAUCGGCAUGUGCAGUCCGAGUUUCUCUGCAUCCUCGCCGCGGUGAUGGUGCUGAUGCGCGUGCUGGUGCAGGAACGGCAUCCACUCCGGCGGAACUCGUCGAUCGUCACUCUCACUGGCAGGGAGGACCAUGUCGUUGCCGAAGGGGAUCUCGGCGCCCGAUCUCAAAAUCGGCCGCGGUUUUUGGCCGUGGCGGAACUGAUGGCGGCAUCCACCGAGUGGGAGGACAGAUCUGAACCAGAAGCGGCGAUUGAUCGGGCGGAUUUUUUGCAGAUCCAGCGUCGUGAACUUGACGGCGCUGGCUUUCUUCUCUGAAUCGGUGGUAUCUUCCUUUCUGUUUGAUGAGUCGCUGGGGAGGCGAACGGAAUCAUCAGAGUGCGCAUCGGAUUGCGCGAGUUUGUGAACUGUGACGUCAUUCACCGGUUUGUUUCGUAGAGAACGGGCAACAGAGAGGGUGAAGAGCAAAAAGAGAAUAGCAAUGGAAAGCUUCGACAUUGUUAGGGUAAAUCGGAACGGGGUUGCUGUAACUUUAAAUUACCCAAAUGUGUAGUAUUUUGUUUGUACGAGUGUAUGUAUAUAUAGGGGAAAAGUGUCAAAUAAGUUCAUGUACUAUUAACAAAAAGUCAAUUGAGU